AUGUCCUAUAAGAACUGGAUAACAGAUCCAAAGAUGGCGCCUAUUCAGUCCAAUAAGAACUCCGACCCUAUGCAGCCACUCUGUGAUUUUGCUUUAGUUUUCCUGUGCAGUCUCUCCCUCCUCUCUCCUGUACUGUCCCUGCACUGCAAUGACACACAAUACGCCUGGCCACUGGACCAACCCCGGUUAUGUUGCAACAAGUGCCCACCAGGUAAACAUUUGGUUAGUCGUGAUGAUAACAAUUGUAAAAUCGUGUGCAAACCCUGCACAGGAGAGCGGUACCUUGAAAAGUGGAAUUUGGAAAUGUACUGUGAGAUUUGUGAAAUCUGCAAUUCAGAAAACGGAGAAUACAAGUCUACAUGUACACCGACUAAGAACGCUGUGUGUAAAUGUAAAGCUGGCUACGAGUGCACGGACCAAUCCUGCAAACAAUGUGUGCCUAUGAAAACCACCACCACCCCACUUACUCCAUCCAAUACAGCCCUGAAGCCGAGUGUCACACACUGGCAACCCUCUCAACCAAUCAGAGAAACGGUGUGGUUCCUGGUGAUAACUGCCCUCCUGUGUGCAGGACUUGCAGCCAUUGUUGUCACAAAAAUCAAGCCCUUUCUGCGCUGGCUAGAAACCAAGCAAGGUUGCUUUUUAACCAAAGAACCAAACCUUGCACCAGUGGCAACAUGCUCCGAUGACGAAGAAGGUAUAUCCACACCUGUCCAGGAAGUGCGUGAAAAAUGUGACCAUUGUGAAGUCUAA